CUCCUGUCCCGCCUUGCCCGGAAAAGCUGACAGGCAAAGCUUCCGGGUCUAACAAAAGGGUCCACCCCUUUGAGACUUCCAAAGACUUCCUCCCCUCCCGCUUUUGGGGAAAGGAAAGGGCUGAGAACUUCAAGCGAGGCAAGUGCUGCAGCGUCGCUCCCCCUCCCCCGCUGGCAGCUCUGGGCUAGAGAGCCGUUUGGCUUUCCUGACGGCCUGAAACGUUACCUUGCUCCUGCACCUGGUGGCAGAGGGAAAGGCAAGCCAGCCAGGUCAGAGCUAUGGCCACUCGGCUCCCUGCCAGUCCCUGAUGUGAUUGCACCUUUUGUGGUAUAUCAGUUAUAGCUUCCCUCUAAACCAAAAACAAAAGAACUAAGUGAUUUCAUCAGUGUGACAUACACCUCACUUUAAAAACAUGUAAGAAGCAGACUUUUUAGUGGAUAUUGUUCUAAAUUUCAUUUCUAUAUAGCUUCUUUUUAGGGGUCCUUAUUUUCUGAAAUCUUUUAACAGCGACCAGUUUGGGAAGAAUGUUGAAGACUCCUAUAUGUUCUUGGAAUAAUUAUUUAAGAAAGGUCUCUGUUCAUAGUGGCAAAUCCAUUUCUACUAAAAUAGUUCUGGGAAUAGAAACCAGCUGUGAUGAUACAGGAGCUGCUGUGGUGGAUGAAACUGGUAGCAUUUUAGGAGAAGCAUUACAUUCUCAAGCUGAUGUUCAUUUAAAAACAGGUGGCAUUAUUCCUCCAGUAGCACAACGGCUUCACCAAGAAAAUAUCGCAAGGGUGGUACAACAUGCAGUCUCAUCCAGUGGCAUCAGUAUGGAGGAUAUCUCGGCUGUUGCAACAACUGUGAUGCCAGGACUUGCAUUAAGCCUUGGAAUUGGAUUGAAAUAUAGUUUAGAACUGGUGAAAAAGCAUCAGAAACCGUUUAUCCCUAUCCAUCAUAUGGAAGCACAUGCUCUCACUGUCCGACUGACGGACCUCGUACCAUUUCCUUUUCUUGUCCUUUUACUCUCUGGGGGUCAUUGUAUACUGGCAGUAGCACAAGGAGUUUCAGAUUUUCUUCUUCUUGGACAAACAAAGGACAUCGCACCAGGGGACAUGCUUGACAAGGUAGCUAGAAGUCUUUCUUUACAUAAUCAUCCAGAGUGCUCUGGCAAGUCUGGUGGGAGAGCAAUAGAAAUCUUGGCUCAGCGGGGUAACAUUUUGCGAUACAAAUUCACAGUCCCAAUGCAGCGAUACCGUGAUUGCACUUUCUCUUUUGCUGGUCUGCAAAGCGAAAUCACUAGAAAGAUUUCAAAAGAAGAAAAGGCAGAAGGUAUUUGCCUAAAGAGUCACAAACUGUAUGGGUGUGUUUUGCUGCAUGUCUGCUUUGAAAAUAUAUAUGUGUGUGUGAUUUCUGCAGGCCUUCAGGAAGGGCAACAUCUCUCUUGUCUUCCGGAUCUUGCUGCGGCUGCCCUGUACACAAUGACUGUUCACAUUGCUGAGCGAACCCAUCGGGCUAUUCUCUUCUGCAAAGAGAAAGGAAUCAUACCCCCAGGAAAGGAAACCUUGGUUGUUUCAGGAGGUGUCGCAAGUAAUCAAUAUGUCCGUAGAUCUCUGCAACUUCUAGCAGAUGCUACCAAUUUCAGAUUGGUUUGUCCACCUCCAAGACUUUGCACUGACAAUGGUGUUAUGAUUGCAUGGAAUGGAAUUGAAAAGCUUUCUGCAGGAUUAGAUAUCUUUUAUAAUGUAGAACAUUUCCGGUAUGAACCAAAAGCUCCACUUGGAACUAAUAUCUCAGAACAAGUAAAAGAAGCUUUCAUCAAAGUGCCAGCGCUAAAUCUAGCAGUAUGAUGCUUGGUAUUUUUCACUUGUUUGGAACAAAGUGAAUGUGUCAUUUUUAAAAGGUUUUUUAAUGGGGACUCCAUUUUGUUGCUUCCUGCUCACCUAGACCAGUUGUGUGACAUUGCCAAGUAUGCAGGUGGAUUAUAAGCGGACAAAAAAUUUAGGUAUGAAAAUGAAAAAACAGGACAUAUGUUUUUAGUCACUAUAAAUGAGAAAGGUGUUUCCAAGCAUUUUAUUGUUUGUAAAUUUGGAUAUAUGUUCCAUUAUCUAAUAAAUUUCAAGGCUGACGUUUUUCAGUGGUUUAAUGAACUAUUUGCAGAAGUAAAAGAAUGGAUGUUAUGCACAUUGGGUCCGAAUUGAAAAUAAUGCCCUCAGAAAAGAAGGGGGUGGAGGAAUAAGUGAGUAUCCAGCUUCUCCACUUAAAUAAUCUUGGUUUGCAAAUUUCAGCUGAAAUAUCUUCAAUAUUCUUUCACUCAAUAUAAGUGAACACAUGUCAGUUCUUUACAUCUGUUCAUAUAUCUGUGCCGGUGGAUAUAACUGCCAGAAGCUACUUUCCAGAAAAUGUAGAGGUAGGACCAAAAAAAAGGUCACUUUGGUUCAAUUAAUAACUACUAAUUACCGUUGCUUACAAAAUAACGUCUCUGUAUCAAAUCCCAUCAAUAUAUACCAACCAUUCUUUCUCUUAGAUGCAAACCAUUCCAGCACACAGAAAUAUACAAACGUAUACGCAAAUAUUUCCUUCCCUUCUUCAGCAAAAAUGCUAAAAAGGGGAAUAAAAGGAAGGAAAUAG